UGGCCGCAUAUUUUUUUUCAUACACUAGUCUUUGUGAGACAGAUUAGAUUGCAGGCUGACUGAUAAACUGAACAAAAAAUUCUAACAUGAGUCGACUGGGUUCUGUUCAGCAGAAGAUUCAGUGUGUUUUUGUUACGGAGGUUAAGGAAGAACAAUCGAGAAAGCGCGAGUGGCAGCAAUUUCAGGUUGUUGCCACUGAAAAUGUGAACCCUGUUGCUCUGGAGUCGAACAUCGAUUGUGCACUUGCCACAGAAAAAGUGGAUGGCACCUGCUGUUACGUUACCACUCAUAAAGGGCAGCCGUACCUCUGGGCUCGACUUGAUCGGAAGCCCAACAAACAGGCGGAAAAGAGGUUUAAAAAAUACCAGCAUUCUCAGAAGAGCUCGAAAGGUUUCACAUGGAGCGUAGAAGAAGACUUCAAGAUUGUGCCAGAGUCGUGGAUUCCAGCCCACAGGGUCAAAUGUCUUAACGGACACCCAAUGCCCGAUGAACAAGGACACAUUCCAGGCUGGGUUCCAGUGGACAAGGAUAACAAACAGUACUGCUGGCACUCCUCUGUAGUGGACUGCAAAGCCAGGAAGGUUCUUGUUCUCAGGCCCACUUCUGAUGAUGAAGACACUUUAGAAAUUACCACAGUCCCUCUGGCCGACCUCCUGGAACAAACACUGGAGCUCAUUGGAACCAAUGUCAACGGGAACCCUUAUGGACUGGGGAGUAAGAAGCAGCCGGUCCACUGCCUGGUCUCGCAUGGGACCCUGCAGAUCAGAAACCCUCCUCCGGUCGACUUCCAGCAGUUGCUUUCCUGGUUCCAGGAGCGUCCAGAGGGGAGAGUUGAGGGUAUUGUCUGGCACUGUGAAGAUGGAACUCUGAUGAAGAUUCACCGCCACCAUGUGGGCCUGAAGUGGCCUGAUGGAGAAACCAGUCUGGCCUCCAGGCCUGUGGUCAUUCACAUGGAUGGAAUAGUGGAGCAUAACAAUGACUUGUUCACCUGCUUCUCCAGACUAAAUGGACGCUGCUUCAGCCAACUUCAGGACAUCUGGUUUGAACAAUAAACCCAGCAGUAUUUUCUGCCAUUUUUGCUGCUUCCACUUCACUGGGAUUUGUGACUGUAUUUCCACCAGUAAAUUCAGAGGAGUGUGGCUGUAGAAACUGUCAGUCCCCACAGGAAACCUGAAUUUUUGAUUGUUGCUGUGCAACAUUAACAUGUCUUAAUUUGU